UAUCUUUUGUUUACUUUUUUCUGGAUUCCAAUUCUGAUCCUAAAUUGAAUUUCCUUUUUUCUUUUCCAAUAUGUGAUGUCCAUGUCGAUCGUUUUUCUUUAUGAGCAAGAAUGUUCUUGAAGAUGUUCCUUGGAACACUGAAUGUUCAGGCUACAAGGAAAGAGGUUCGUCUUAAAGUGAAAGAGGAGUACAACGAUUACAGGUGGAUAUUCCGUCAUUAUUGUGCUAUGUUGAUGGCUCUUGUGAAUCUCACAUGGGAGAUAAAAGGGCAACCUGAUUGUGCCAACAAGCAUAAAGGGGUUGAAUUGUUUCUUGUAUGGGCGGUCAUGCAAUGUUUUGCAAUGCUUCUACAAAAUAGAUACUAGCGCCAGCGGUUGUAUACUCGCAUUGCUUUAGGCAAGGCAAGGAGAAUGGAUGUUGUGUGGGGAGAAACUGCUGGUGUAGAAGUCCAACUAUGGCUUCUGUGCCCCCAUCUUUUUUUACUUUACAUGUAUAAGGGUUUUGAGGCGUACGUUGGGAUAUUGCUUCUUAAAACUGCUUUUGUUGGCGUUGCUUCUGAGUGGCAGGUCAUAUUUUGUAGCAUCUUGCUGGUAAUUAUGGCAGUAGGCAACUUUGCAAACACGGUGCAGACACUCAUGGCAAAGUCAAGAUUCAAAGCUAAAAUGAGACGUACAAAGAGCAAGCAAGAUUUGGAACAUUCUCUGUCUCCACCCUCUGGGAGAUGGAGACUGCUAUUGUGAAACGCUCAGCUCCCUCCUCUUCCAAUGUCAUGUUUGAGUUCUAUCAGCAACGCUAUUCAUGUUUGUAAAGUGUUUUUUAUUUGUUUACAAAUGAAGUGGUGCCUACAAGAACUGCAGGCAAUACUGCAGUUUACCUAACCAUGUAGAAUGAGGUGAAUGUAUCAAGUUCUUGUUUCAAUAAAUAAGUGCAAUUAUGAACC